CGAGUCCUCAUAUUGUACGGAAAUAAUGUCGGAGUAGGAUCGGUCUGAAUGUGUUAUAGGCUUUGACUGCACGUUUAAAAAAAAAUAUUCUAAUUAAACCGGUUCAGCUCUCAGGAAUAAAAGAAAAUGGCUACAACAUCACCGUACCACAUUGCGUCUCUUCUUGACAAAAUGGCCUCAUCUGACAAAGAUUUCCGCUACAUGGCUACAAAUGAUUUGAUGACUGAGUUGCAAAAAGAUUCUAUAAAACUUGAUGAUGAUCGAGAACGUCUGGUGGUGCAAUCUUUGCUGAGACUGCUAGAGGAUAAAAAUGGAGAAGUACAAAAUUUAGCUGUUAAAUGUUUGGGUCCACUGGUAAAAAAAGUGAAGGAGUACCAAGUUGAAUGGAUUGUUGAUACCCUGUGCACAAAUAUGACAUCAAACAAAGAACAGCUUCGUGACAUAUCAAGUAUUGGCCUAAAAACUGUAAUAAGUGAAUUGCCAUCUGCUUCAUCACCACUGUCAUCUACAAUAUGCAAAAGGAUAACUGGCCGUUUGAUUGAUGCUAUUACAAAGACAGAGGAUCAGUCUGUACAAUUAGAAGCUUUGGAUAUUCUGGCUGAUUUAUUGAGUCGAUUUGGUGGAUUGCUGGUGUCAUUUCAUCCAUCCAUUUUAAAAUGUAUUCUUCCCCUGCUAACAAGUCAAAGAUUGGCCAUCCGUAAACGAACCAUUAUCGCACUAUCCCAUCUUGUAAUGACAGCGAAUGCAAGUCUCUUUGUUGAAUUGAUGACACAUUUGAUAAACGAGUUAAAAACAAGGAAGAAUCACGUUGAUGUUCGCACCUUCAUUCAAUGUAUUGGAGCAAUAUGUCGUCAAUCUGGACGCCGUGUUGGUGAAUAUCUCGAAAAGGUUAUUCCAAUAAUUGUUGAGUAUUCGCAAGUGGAAAGUGAUGAUGAAUUAAGAGAAACUUGUAUACAGACUUUGGAAUCAUUUGUGUGUAAAUGCCCUAAAGAAAUUACACCUUAUAUUGGCCAGGUGACAGAUCUAUGUUUGGAAUUUCUUUGUUAUGAUCCAAAUUACAACUAUGGAGAUGAGAAUGAAAAUUCAAUGGAUGUCAACGAUGAUUAUCCUGAUGAUGAUCUUGAUGAUGACGAUGAAGAAGAAUACAGUGAUGAUGAUGACAUGAGUUGGAAGGUCAGAAGGUCAUCCGCCAAAUGUUUAGCAUCUAUUCUUGGCUCUCGACAUGAGUUAAUCAAAGGUUUUUAUUCAAAAGUUUCACCAAAGCUAAUAGCAAGAUUCAAAGAACGAGAAGAAAAUGUAAAAUCAGAUAUAUUUCAAGCAUAUGUUGCGUUGUUGCGUCAAACCCGACCAAUUGCAUCAUCUGACACUGUUGACAACGAUGACAGUCUACUAAAAAUGCUUCACGAUCAAGUACCAAUGGUUAUAAAUGCUUUACACAAACAGAUGCAAGAAAAAAGUGUCAAGACUCGACUUGGAUGUUUUAACUUAUUGACAGAACUAGUAACAGUGUUACCUGGAGCAUUGUCAGAGCAUAUACAUCUGAUUGUUCCUGGAAUACACAUGUCAAUCAUAGAUAAAUCAGCAGUAUCAAAUAUGAAGAUCGAUGCUCUCUCAUUCUUGGGUUGCAUUUUGCAUCAGCACAAACCUGAAGUCUUUUUUCCACAUAUGGAAAAACUUCUACCAGUAGUUGUAACUUCAAUUAAAGAUCCAUUUUACAAGAUCACCUCAGAGGCUUUGGGUGUUGCUCAAAAUGCAAUAAAAGUUAUCAGACCAUUAGACAAAAAGACGAACUUUGACUAUACAGUGUAUGUAAGUGAUUUGUACAAAGCUGUAUUUUUUCGACUACAAGCAGCAGACAUUGAUCAGGAAGUGAAAGAAAAAUCUAUCUCAUGCAUGGGUCAACUGUUAUGCAAUCUUGGUGAUUGCCUUACUCCAGAGUUACAGAAUUGUUUACCUAUUAUGCUUGAUAGACUCAGAAAUGAAAUAACCAGACUAACAGCAGUAAAAGCUCUUAUCAUGAUCACAAACUCGCCCUUAAAACUUGAUAUUAUGUUUAUAUUAAAAGAAGCUGUGCCGUUGUUGGCAACGUUUUUGCGAAAAAAUCACCGUGGAUUAAAGCUGUCUACGUUGACAUGUCUAGAUAUUAUCAUUCGACAAUAUGGUGACGCGAUGUCUGAUAUGCACUUUGAAACAGUAUUAACAGAGCUACCUGAUCUGAUAAGUGAGAAUGACCUCCAUAUUUCACAGUUGGCUUUAAAUUUAUUGACGUCAAUAGCGAAAAAACAAAGGUCGUUGUUAAAGAUGAUUAAGCAGGGUAUUUUACCAGUUGCAAUACUGCUGACACAAUCUCCAUUACUACAAGGUAAUGCACUGAACUCGAUGAUCUUGUUUUUGAAUGAGCUUGUUGUUAGCGGCGAACCUGGUUUGGGGUAUGCUGAUCUAUUACAGCUUCUUACAGUUGUAAUAUAUGAACCUUCACUAAAACAUUCAGAGAAAGUACCACUUGCUGUGCAUAGAAUGGCAUUUCAUUCGAUUGCGAAAUGUGUUGCAGCGUUAACCAUGGCUUGUCAGUCUGAAGCGAAAGGAGUGAUUGAUAAAUUUGUUGCUGAUGUAACGGACACGUCAUCAUCAGAGUCUGUGCAAUUAUUUUCUUUACUGGCAAUUGGUGAAAUAGGAAGUCAUAUGGACUUAAGCGAUAAGCCUCGUUUAAAGACAGUUAUCAUAAAUGCGUUUUCAUCAGAUUUAGAAGAUAUUAAGUCUGCUGCUUCGUAUGCACUUGGUCACAUAACUGUUGGAAAUUUGACUGUCUUCCUACCGUUUAUUUUGCAAGAAAUUGAAAAGAAUGCUAAACGACAGUAUUUAUUGUUGCACUCCCUCAAAGAGGUUAUUUCAUGUCAAUCCAUUGAUUCUAAAUCUAUUGAAGAUUUGCAACCAUUCCUACAGGCAAUCUGGGAAUUGUUAUUUUCUCAUUGUGAAAAUGGUGAAGAGGGCACGCGUAAUAUCGUUGCUGAAUGUCUUGGUAAAUUAACAUUAGUGGAUCCAGUGAACUUGUUACCUCUGCUACAAAAAUAUUUAUCGUCAUCAUCUGCGCAAAUGAGGAGUACGGUCAUCACAGCAUUUAAAUUCACUAUAUCAGACCAGCCUCAACCUAUCGAUGCACUGUUGAAAGAUUGUUUACGUUUCUUUCUGCAACCUAUUACAGAUCAAGAUUUGAACGUUCGUCGUGUUUCGCUGACUACAUUGAAUUCAGCAAGUCAUAACAAACCAAGACUCAUCAGAGAUCUUUUACCAGAUAUUUUGCCUCACUUGUACAACGAAACAAAAGUUCGAAAAGACUUGAUACGAGAAGUGGAGAUGGGACCGUUUAAACAUACUGUCGAUGAUGGCUUAGACAUUCGCAAGGCUGCUUUCGAAUGCAUGUACACCCUCCUGCACUCGUGUUUGGAUCGAUUAGAUAUAUUCGAAUUUUUAAAUCACGUUGAAGACGGAUUAAAGGAUCAUUACGACAUAAAGAUGUUGACAUACUUGAUGCUCGUUAGGCUGUCCAGUUUAUGUCCGAAUGCUGUUUUACAGCAUCUUGAUCGAAUCAUCGAACCACUUCGUUCUACCGUUCAAGCGAAAGUAAAAGCAAACUCUGUCAAACAGGAAUAUGAGAAACAAGACGAGCUUAAGAGGUCGGCAUUGAGAGCGAUAUCAUCUUUGCAACAAAUACAAGACGCUGAUAUAAACCCGUUGUUAACAGAUUUCAUCACACAAAUCCGUUCAAAUUCCGAUAUAUCCGCUAUGUUUGAGGCCGUGCAACGAGAUCCGUCAACGACUUCAAUACUCGACGCAAUGGACAUAAGCCCUUGAUAACCCUUCAAUUUCUUCGACACUUAGGCGAAAACUUGUAAAAGAGGGAGUGUAAUUCUAAAGUUUGUUUGAAAUUACACUCCCCCCUUGUUUUCCCACUUACGGUAACCUUGAUGGAAGCUGUGGAAUUAAAAAAAAUAAUAAUAAUCGGUUUAUUGAAAAGCGUUACAUUUACCUCGAAGUAAACUCAAAUUCGAGUGAUUUAUUCCCCAACAAUUUUCUUUGUAUUUAAUUUAACUGUAGUUUGUAAACAGAAAAAUUAAAACAAAUUUUCCUGA